AUGGAAGAUGCUCCAAAUUCCAACUCCUCAACGCCGCCUCUCCAUUCACAAGCCAAGUCCGAGGCUACCGCUACGGGUCUGGCGCCACUGACAACCACAGGCUCCGGCGGUAGCACCAGCAGCGGCACCGGCAGUCGAAUGUCGCUACCCUCUGACCUACAACUUUCCACCGCCCGCGGGGACAAAGCGGAGAAAACGAUGGUGUUGGCCGCAUGUGAUAUUCCAACCGGACACUCCUGGGGUCCUUUCCAUGCCAUUAAUCAGUGCGUAAGACGCAGCAGUCCCAGUCCACAGACCGACACCACAAUCAAGCAGAUUACAAUUCAGACUUCUGGCGGUGGAGAAUGCAGCAUUCGUCUGCAAGAGGAAGACGCAUGGAUUACUUUGGUCUGUGAGGCAACUGAGAACACUGCAGCCAUGGAGUUGCCAAACAUCGACAUCUUCUUUGAACCCAGUUGCGAACUUCUGACUCUUGUUGCCCUCUCAACUAUUACACGUGGUAGUCUGCUCCAUGGACGUGUGAGGAACCUACCACCAGGAGCAGCGAGAUCACAGUCCCCAGACCUACUUCUGACAAUGGGUCAGCCCCAGGUCAAUCCAGGAGCACCAAAGAGGGACAAGAAAUGUGUCUACUGCGGAAUCUCGUUCUCCAGUCUUGACACACUGACUGCUCACAUGUCCAGCUACUGCUCACGACGGCCUCAGCUGAUUGGUCAACAGCAACCGAGUACAGAUUCGAUGGCAGUACCCGGCAAUAACACUGGUGGUCAACUGGUGAAGUCGGGCUCCGACAGUUCUGAGACCUGCGACCAGGUUGUCCCUACCAACGCACACCCUGUCACUCCGGCGGGUCUGUUUGCCGACGUCGACGUUACUGCCUCCGGCCUAGCAACUCUGGCUGCGUUGGCUUCCCUUGGCGGUCGGCUACAGGCCUCUUCAGCUUAUGCGCCCUCAUUGACACCGUCUGCAUUUGGCCACCAAUUACACUCAACACAACACUCUCCCAUAAACGCCCCCGCACAAACUUCCUGGCCUUCA